UUUGUGGGUGUGGCCCUCCGUGGUCUUGUACAUAACUCUUUCUUAUUUAUCUAUGCAUCGAGACGCAAGACUUUUGCGUUUUCUCGAAAAAAAAUUAAAAAAAUAAUUAAAGGCAUUUGUAAGGGUGUGGAAGCUUUACAUGGACAGGAAAGACCUAUUAUUCAUUUGGAUCUUAAUCCUGCCAACAUAUUGUUGGACGAUCAUAUGGAGCCCAAGAUUGUAGAUUUUGGUUUAUCAAGGCUCUUUGGUGAAAACCAGACCCACACCCGCAUAGCCAAUUCAAAGAGUGCAAUAGAAUACAUGGCUCCAGAAUACUUACAACGAGGUCAACUAUCAAUUGAGUCAGAUAUAUACAGUUUAGGCCUUCUGAUAAUUGAGAUCACAACGGGCGAGAAGAACUGCUCUGACCAUGAAUUGUAUGACACGGACUUCACUGAAGAUAAACCAGUCUGCAUUUACAAUAUACUGAGACACUCUUUUCUUACACAGGUACGUGAGUGUUGGACAGCGAUGCCUUAUAUAAAAUCAAGGUACUCUGCCUUAAGCGCAGAUGGCCACCGUCAGGUAAAGAGAAGCAUUAAAAUUGGGCUAAGUUGUCUCAAGAAAAAACGGAAGGACCGACCUACUUCUGGGGAUAUCGUUAAGAAGAUCGAUCAAAUUGGUGCAGGCUCAAGCUCAGUGUUCGGCAAGAUGGCCGUUAAUGUUGAAACAGGACGUGGUUCUCAUUUCCUGAGGAUCGUCCUCUGGGCCGACGUUCUUUUGCACCUCAUGUAA